AUGCAGAACAAAGAUGGUUUUACACCCCUGGAUAUGGUCCGAGCAAAGGGUAAUCAUAUGAACUUCGAUACUGAAAAAAUCAUAAGAAGAUCGGGAGGGAAGAGCAAGGAUGCUCUAUCAAAAGUCAAGACCUCCUCUCAGUAUUUAAGAUCACCGAUUACGUUCAGAGAAUACUGCUCCAUCACAACGGUACGUUACAGGAGCGCCAUAUCCGACGGUACCAGAAACGCGCUCCUUGUUAUAAGCACACUUGUCAUGUCGACCACUUAUGAAGCGAAGUCGCCAAGUGACUCAGAAAGUCGCGUUAAACCAGAUAGUCGCGUUCAAACAUAUAGGGCAAUACUAUUAAUGCUCCAUUCGGGAUUCAAUACGUUGGCAUUUUGGCUGUCUCUUACCCUGACCCUCGUUCUUCUACCCCUUGGUCGGGAAUACCCCGUUGGCUGA